AUGGAGAACCUGGAGAACCCAGCAAAUGUGGCGUCCUUCACUGCAUGGGAUUAUGUGGUUUUCACUCUGAUGCUGGUCAUCUCAGCAGCUAUUGGCGUGUAUUACGCCUUCGCUCAGAGGGGUCAGCGCAACUCCAGGGAUUUUCUGGUGGGCGGCCGGAGCAUGACGGCGGUGCCGGUGGCUCUGAGCCUGACUGCCAGCUUCAUGUCAGCCAUCACAGUACUGGGCACCCCAGUGGAGGUCUACUGCUAUGGGGCAAGUUUCAUCCUCACCUGCCUUUCAUUCAUCCUAAUGGUGGGGAUCAGCUCUGAGCUUUUUCUGCCGAUCUUCUACAGACUGGGAAUAACCAGCACUUAUGAGUACUUGGAGAUGCGGUUCAACAAAGCAACUCGGCUGUUUGGGACAAUGUUGUUUAUCAUUCAAACAUUGCUGUACACUGGACUGGUCAUCUAUGCCCCAGCUUUGGCUUUAAACCAAGUCACUGGCAUAGACCUCUGGGGUGCCGUGAUCUCAACUGGAGUGGUCUGUACCUUCUACUGCACCUUGGGUGGUCUGAAGGCAGUGGUGUGGACCGACGUGUUCCAGGUGCUCAUCAUGCUGACUGGGUUCCUAGCUGUCAUCAUCCAGUGUGUGCUGGUGCAGGGCGGGGUCUCUGUUAUAAUCAGCGACUCCACCCAAGGUGGCCGAAUCAACCUAUGGGACUUUGAUCCUAACCCGCUGAGGAGGCACACAUUCUGGACCAUCCUAAUUGGAGGUACAUUCAUCUGGACCAGUGCUUAUGGUAUUAACCAAGCUCAAGUGCAAAGAUAUGUGUCCUGCAGGUCCUUGCUCCAUGCCAAAAUGUCUCUGUAUGUGAACUUGCUGUCUCUAUGGGCUAUUAAUCUGUGUUCAGUGUUUUGUGGACUGUGUUUGUACUCGGUUUAUAAGAAUUGUGAUCCAUGGAUGGCUAAGAAGGUGUCUUCCCAAGACCAGCUGAUGCCAUACCUGGUGCUGGAUAUCUUGAGGGAUUAUCCAGGUGUUCCUGGCUUGUUUGUGGCUGCAGCCUACAGUGGCACUUUGAGCACAGUGUCCUCCAGUGUGAAUGCAUUAGCAGCAGUGACGGUUGCAGACCUGAUAAGGCCAUACUUCAGCUUGUCAGAGCAACAGCUCUCCUGGGCAUCAAAGGGACUGAGCGUUUUCUAUGGAGCAGUGUGUAUUGGGAUGGCUGGCCUUGCAUCACUGAUGGGAGGGUUGCUACAGGCAGCUAUUAGUAUUGUUGGCACCAUUGGUGGGCCUCUUCUUGGCCUCUUCACUUUAGGCAUCCUGUUCCCCUGUGCUAAUUCUAAGGGAGGAUUGGUUGGGCUGGUCAUUGGGCUAGUUACAUCACUCUGGGUGUGUAUUGGAUCCCAGAUCUAUCACCCUCCCCCUGAAAGUACAAGACCACUUGCUCUGGAAACACAUGACUGCAACUUCAGCAUGGCUGAGAAUGCCUUACUGAACUUAACUUACUCUAAACAGAUGGACCACAUCAACUCUGACCAGCAGGAACAAGCCCUGGACAGGCCAUUCCUGGCUGAUAAUUGGUACUCCCUCUCUUACUUGUAUUUCUGUCCUAUGGGGACUAUAGUUGCCAUAGUUGUGGGGCUGAUUGUAAGUUUGCUCUCAGGAGGUAGACGGCUAAAACUGGAACCAGGCCUGACAGUAAUAAAGGAGGAUUUAACCUUCUACAAGAUUUACAAGAUACUAAAGCAAAGGGUACGUGCCAGCGCAGAUAAACUUGACCUGGUUGGAGAGAAAGAGAAGAAAUCUGGUGAAACCAACUUGGCAUUUUGUGAUGUUGAACUCGAUAUCACAAAAAUUCAUCACAUAGAAUUCUCCAGGGUACUGAAGUGAACCAAGCUCAUGUUUCUUUCAUUCAGUCUAUCACACUGACUUAAAUCUGCCGUUCCCAAGUGUGUUUCCAAGUAAGCUUCAUUAGUUCUUCUGAUUUUUGACUUUUAUCUGCCUUUGUUGAUGACUGAUUAUGGAUGUGCUGCCUCUUUCAUCCAGUGAAACAACAUCUGACUUUUUACAUUUUUUUUCAAUAACAAACAUAAUGUAACGUUUGGUAAUUAGAAGGUGGACUAAAGUUUUACUGAAUGUUAAAUGACAGAUGACAUUUAAAUGACAUUAAAUGACAAAUGACAUUUUCCUGGCUAAAAACUGACAAUGCUACUUAAUUAAGAGCCGACUCUUAUUGAUGCUCUGAGCCAAGAGCCAAAGUCCCUACCAAACAAAUGGGUUUACUGCCCCUUUAAAGCAAUAAACAACUAAAGAGCUACAGCUCUAGUUCUCCUGUGUGGUAAAGUCGGUUCAGAUGUGUUUGAGAGUGUUUGAGAAUGCUGCCAUUUGGUGUUUGAUCAAAUCUGACAUGGCAAACAUUUAAACAAUUUAAUUCAUUCAUAUUCUUAGU